UGAAUUGGUGGAUACAUGGAUGGAUGGAUGGAUUUGGAAAAUGGAUAGAUGGAUGAAUUAGUGGAUGGGUGGAUCAUUGGAUGAGUGGUUGGGUGGGAGAAUGGACGAAUAUGUGGAUGGAUAGAUUUAAAAAUGAUGGAUGGAUGGGUGAAUAAUUGGAUGGAUAAGUAAAUAGAUGUAUAUUUAGGGAUGAUGGAUUGAUGGAUGGAUGAAUUAGUAGAUCCAGGGAUGGAUGGAUGGAUGAUGCAUAGGUGAAUAGAUGGAUGAAUGUAUUCAGGAAGGAUGGAUGGAGGGAUGCAUGAAUGAAUGGGUGGAUGGAUGAAAUUAGAAAUGACAGAUGGGAGGGUGGAUUAGUGGAUGGAUGGAUGGACUAGACCACCACAAGUAAUGCAGGAGAGACUACAAUUAACAACGUGAGAUUGUUUUCACAUUCGUGUGUGUGUGUGUAAAAUAAACAUAUGGAUUAGCACACUGAUUUUCAAACAGAUCAGGUUUGGUGAAAUGGAAAGUACAUACAGACGGGCCAACAAUCUGUGUGUGUGUGUGUGUGUGUGUGUGUGUAAAUAUUUAUUGUUCUAAACACACCUGAAGCCCUGAACACUGUACCCUCAGUACAUCAUGUCUAAAAUAAAAAGUGCACUAAUAGUAAUCACAAAUAAUCACUUUUUUAUUCAGUGUCUCAGCCACAUAAACAUAAAUUCUCUCUCUCUCUCUCUCUCUCUCUCUCUCUCUCUCUCUCUCUCUCUCUCUCUCUCUCUCUCUCUCUAUCAGUUGCGUUCCAGUGUGGACCGAGGUGAUGGGCGUGUCCUGUAUGUCCUGAGCGGUGAGGGGGCAGGGUCAGUGUUUGUGAUUGAUGGCCGAACAGGGAACAUCCACGUGACAAAGCCUCUGGACCGCGAGCAGAAGGAUCAGUACAGGCUCGUCGCCACGGCAACAGACCAGCGGACGGGCCGUGUGCUUGAGGCCUCGUCCCAAUUCACUAUCAGAGUGCAGGACAUAAAUGACAACCCACCUGUGUUCAAGCACACACACUACAUUGCCAGUGUGCCUGAGAGAGCCAGCGCUGGGACGGCUGUGAUUCAAGUGACAGCGACAGACGCAGAUGAUCAGUCGUAUGGGAACAGCGCGAAGCUUGUUUACUCCGUCAUCCAGGGCCAGCAGUAUUUCACUGUGGAUCCACAGUCAGGUGUCUUGCGGACUGCAGUGUCUGAUAUGGACAGAGAGCAGCAGUCUCAGUACAUCGUGGUCUUGGAGGCAAGAGACAUGGCAGGACAUCAGGGGGGUCUAACAGGAACAACCACCAUCACUGUGCACCUCAGCGACGUCAAUGACAGCCCGCCACGUUUCACUCAACGCGUGUGGACGUUCUCCGUAUCAGAGUUAGCGCUCCCCGGUGCUGAAGUAGGCCGUGUGAGUGCUACAGAUGCUGAUGUGGGUGAAAACGCUCGACUCGAGUUUACCAUCUCGGACGGAGAUGGGGGGGAAAUGUUCAACAUCACCGGACUGAACCAAGAGGGCGUGAUUACACUCAACCAGGCAUUAGACUUUGAGACACGUAGCUCAUACACACUCUCAGUGGAGGUCCAGAACCCGAGCGUGGAUAUGCGGUUCCUCCGUGGUGGUGUGUUUAAGGACGAGGCGGUGGUGAGGAUCAGUGUCCUGAACGCAGAUGAGCCGCCGCACUUCACUCGCAGUCAUUACACACUGAACAUCACAGAGAACUGCAGAGCGCCGUGCAGCGUGGGACGAGUUCACGCCGUGGACCCUGAUACAGGACACAGCACCAGUAUAGAGUAUGUAUACACACACACGCACAUUUUAUUGACACUUUCUUAUCUUUUCUGUCAGCCAUCGUACUCGAUUGUCCCUGUGUCUGACCCUAAGGCUGUGUUUCGUAUAUCUCCUGUUAGUGGCCUCAUUACCGCGGUGAAGGUGUUGGAUCGAGAGCGUGAACAGUGGCACAACAUCACCGUCACUGCUACUCAGAGAGACAGCCCCAAUCAGGUUACCAGGGUAGGGGUUGCCAUAGAAACGCUGGAUGUGAAUGACAACCCCCCUGAGCUGGACGGACCAUAUGAGACGGCAGUUUGUGACACCAGCACCGCUGGACAGGUGGUGCAGGUGAUUCGAGCCAUAGACAGAGACGAGAUCAGCUCCGGUUCACCCGUACACUUCAGUGUGUCUGCACUCAGCAGCCGGUCUCUGAACUUCACCACUCAGGCGAGAGGAAAUCACACAGCCAAUCUGCUGCUCCUGUCCUCUCUGAAGCCCAUCCCUCGCCCCGCCUCUUCUCCUUUACACACUGUAAAAGUACCCAUAAUCCUCCGGGACAGAGCGUCGGAGCUGAGCAGCACGGGGACGGUGACAGUGACGCUGUGCCCCUGUCAGAAUGGAGGGAUGUGGGUGGAGGAGAGAAGGAGAGGGAUGGAUGGAUGGAGGAGUGGUGAUGGAGAGGUGCUGAUGGAGUGGGAGAGACAGAUGGUGUGUUUGUCUCUGCCGAGGUCCUCCAUGCUGUUGGGAUUCAGCUCGGCCACCAUGUUGGCCAUCCUGGCCUGUUCCUCCGUCCUCAUUGGUACAGUCGAAAUUUACAUUUUCUUUUUCUUUUUUACUCACUUACGAGUUUCUUCUUUUCUUUCUUUCUUCUAUUUUCUUUUUCUUUGCUCAUUUUUCUUUAUUUGUUUGUUUCGUUGUUAGUUUUUUUUUAUUCUUUCCUUUUUUCUUUCUUGUCUGUUUUCUUUUAUGUAUUAUUUUCACCAUCUAUCCACUUCAUGCGCUCAUAAGUCUGUCUGUUCGACCAACCUUCUAUUUUUCCAUCCAUCCAUCAAUCCAGUCGCCAUUCCCACCAUUCAUCUAUCCAUUUAUUCUUAUGUUCUAGCAACCAUCAUCCAUUCAUCCAUCCAUACACCUAUCCAUUUUUCUAUUUCUCCACCCACCCAUCCACCCAUCCAUCCCUCCAUCCAUACACCCACCAUCUAUCCAUCUGUCCAUCCAUUUGACUAUAUCGCCAUCCAUCCAUUCAUCCAUACAUCUGCUAAUCCAUUCCACUUAUCCAUACAUUUAUUGUUUUAUUUUUCCUACCAUCUAUCCAUUCAUUCAUCUACCAUCCUUCCAUCCAAAAAUCAGUCAAUUUUUCAAUUGUUCUAUUCAUCCAUCUGUCUCAGCGUGUCAUAAAAUGUUCUCUUUGUCUCUCUCUCUCUCUCUCUCUCUCUCUCUCUCUCUCUCUCAGUAGUGGUGGUCUUGUCUCUGUCCAUGCGGAGGAAGAAGAGUGACUCUCUCUCUCCCGUGGAGGACGAUGAGAUUAGAGAGAACAUUAUUACAUAUGAUGAUGAGGGUGGAGGAGAGGAAGACACAGCUGCGUUCGACAUCACUGCACUGAAGAGCGUCCCACACGCCAUACACACGCGAGGUGUUGGUUCCGUCCCUCUGUACGGUCCUCUGUGCUACAGCAUACACACAGCGAGUGGGAGCCUGUUUGGUGGGUGUGAGUCUCGGCUAGAUCGGGAUAAACCAGCGCACACACUCCCUAGCGGAUACACACUGAACAUCGAGCUGCUAGAACCGGGUUCUACACUCACAGAACCGGCUGAGGGGUGGAAGAGUUCAGAUCAGAACAGGCCUGAAGAUUCUGAUGAUAUCAUACUGAAAAAGAGCCAGACAGGAAGUGAUGUCAUCGCUCAAGAUCAGGUAAUGAAACAAUAUUAGCAAAUGAUAUUCUUUCUUCUCAUUUCACUUGCCCCUAGUUAUCACUUUCUGCUCUCAGCUUUCCCUACUCUCUCUCCCUUUCUUAAUUUUCACAUGUAUGUUUUUCUCUCUUUUUAUGUCAUGCUUUACCCUUUCUUUCACCUCCAUUUCUUUCUUUACCUCCUCUCUCUCUCUCUCUCUCUCUCUCUCUCGCUGUCUGUGAUCAGACCCAGUUAGUCCUAAAUGACUCUGCAGAUCAUCCGGUCGCAUCUCAUACAGCUCACCUCCACUCCUCCGUCUCCUCAUCUGUCGCUCCAGAUGAAAUCACGCCUCCACACAGCACAGGAAUCAGCACAGCUCCGUUCAGAACCAUGGAGGGAACGUUACUAAGAGCUGGCGGAGGGAUACAUCUGACCGGAACUCCUUUUUUGUACCUGAAUACAGGCCAGGACUACAUGCAGCACCUUGUCGGGCUAUGUGUUGGAGGGCGGAGCUUCUUUAGACCUGAUUUAGGGGGUGUGGCUGUCCCUCUGACUCUUAGUAUAGAUGAAUUGCUGCAGCACCGACUCGCCCGAGUGACCUUUGACCCCAUGCAGCCCCCGUACGAUUCACUGCAGAUGUAUGAGCACGAGGGGGCGGAGUCAGAGACCGCCUCCCUCAGCUCUUUGGAGAGCGAAGGAGAUGGAGGGAUGGAGGGGGAGGGGUUAAUUGAUUGGGGGCCCAAGUUUAACAAGCUGCUGGAGAUUUUUAGAGAGAGGGAACUGGAGAAAGAUGGACAGACGAAAGAGGAGGAAACGGAGGAGAGACAAAUACAUGGAGAGCAGCAGAAGAGUGUGGAGGAAGUGGACGGAAAACAAGAAGUAUGGAAUGAACUAGAUAGCAAAAAGGAUUGAGAGAAUAAAGAAUGAUUUCUCUUCAGAGAGAUGAGAGAGUGAACGAUGAAGGACAAAGAGUGAUACUUAACAAGUUGCUGGAGAUCAUGAGAGACGGUAGGAGUAUAGGCAAGGAGAAAAGAUGGAGGGAAUAAAGAGGAGCAGUGAAGAGGUUCAGUGAAAAGGAAUGGAAAAAGUGAAAGGCAGAACAAAAGAGAAAGAUAGAAGGGUGAGAUAGAAGACGAGAGAGGCGGAUUGAGCUGGUAGAGAUCUUUAGGGAAAGUAGAUGAAAUGAGGUGAGAGAAGAAAGAAGAAC